AUGGAAUUUUCAUUACAAACAUUAAUAAAUAUUGGAAGUCUUAUAGAAAGUACAAUAAAACAAUCUCAAAAAAAAAAUAAUAAUAAUACUAAAGAGGAUAUUACCAGUAUGAAUAGAAAUUUAUUAAAUAACAAAACAAAAGAUAUUAAACAGACAUCAUACAUGAUCAAAGAUAUUUUAAGCGGAUCUAAACAAAAAGAAGAUAGAAAUAAUGGUAACAAUACAAAAAUAUCUCAAUUACUAAAAUUUUUGACUACAAAUAAUUUAAAUAAUAAUAAUGAUAUUCUAACUAAUUCUUCAUCUAAUUUAGAUAUUCUUAAAAAAUCAAAUUCUUCUAUAAAUUCUAAUGAAAAAUAUAAAUUAUCAAAUAGUAUAUAUGAUAAUAAUAAUCAUCAAUCAACAACAAACUAUAUGAUAAAAAAGAAAAAAGCUAGAACAACAUUUUCAAAUUAUCAAGUUUUUGAAUUAGAAAGAUAUUUUCAAUUUAAAAAAUACCUUACAUCAGGUGAAAGAUUGGCAUUGGCUGAGAAAUUAAAAUUAUCUGAAACACAAAUUAAAAUAUGGUUUCAAAAUAGAAGAACAAAAUGGAAAAAACAGGAAGAACCUGUUCAAAUUUUUCCUCAAUUUUUACCUAAGUUUUAA